AUGUUUGGAUCGAAGGAGUUUCACUUUGGAAUGAACAGGCUGGUCAAAGAUAAGAUUCACGGCGGUUCGGUGAUCUGGAGGCUGGAAGCAACGGUAGGCAUGAUUGGCUCAGUUGGCCAAAGGCAGCAACAAUCAGAUGAUGCAGUGCUGAACCCCAGAAAAUGGCUUCAGGAAUGCGACGACGUGACCAGAGUGUUGGUUGGUUCUAACCUCACUCACUUCGAUUACUUUGCGCCGGGAGGCGAUGCGCCGUUGGCCUGGAGAGCUGAACGUUUUCAGCGCCUCGGAGACGGUGGCAGCGUGCAAGUGGCCCAGGACAAGUACGGCGCGCGCAUGGUGAACUUUGUACGGCUCAUGGACAAGGUGAGCAAGGAGGUGAUCUUUUUUGCCAAUACCCAUGGACCUCUUGGUCAAUGUGCUCUUCCAGAUGGAGGCGAAGUGGCUGCGAACUACCUCAAGGUCAUCAACGAUUUCAAGAAACCCGAUGAUCGCGUCGUAUUUACAGGCGACUUCAAUUGCGCCAGCAGUGACCCUCCAUUGCAAGAAUUGGGCAAAGUGCUACAAAGCUCGGCCACAGACUUCUCCUUCGGUGGUGCUGAUCAUAUCCUGACAGGACCAGAGGUCAAGACCUGCGCAUCAGAAACACAGCAAGGCUUUCCUUCGGACCAUCAGAUCCUGAAGCUGACCGUGUCGGUGAACGAACACCAGGUGGACAAUGACGUCGCCGCCCCGCCCGCCGCGUCCGUGACCCCAGCUGCGCCAGCCCCAGCCGCAGCUGCUGCGCCAGCGCCGACUCCAGAGGGCGCGACGGGAGCGGAAGUGAAGGAUUCAGAGGGUUGUCCCAAGGCCGGUGAGUCCUCUCCAUGCUGCGUUGCUUGUGCUUCCCCCUUCUACUGUCCUGACAACAAGGGAUGCUACAUGCAGGGGGCUUCUGGAUGCCCAGGUGCCUUAUGUCCUUUGAAGGGGCCGAUUCACACCUGA